GACAGCACAACUAACUCUUGAUCAUCAUUUCUUCAUUGUCAAGGUCAAUAUCGCCACUAUAAAUUCCUUAGGCUACAUUAUCUCCGUAGUCAUUUGUUAGCAGCUUCUUCUGAAGAGUGUACAUCCACGACCUACAACCUCCAAAAAUGCAUUCCGCUAUCGUUUUCGCCUCCCUUUUGGCAGUUUCUGCCGCCGCACCCCAACUCAUCUAUGGUGGCAUUGUUGCCCCAGGAUUGACCUCCACUCAAUUCCACGCUCAGGAUGAACUUGGCCAAUACAGCUAUGGCUAUUCUGGGGGUCCAAGUGCCAAAACGGAGAGCAAGGACGCUUUCGGAGUGACCCGAGGUGGAUACAGCUACAUUGAUGCCAACGGUAUCACCCAAACUGUCAACUACAUCAGCGACCCAGUCAACGGUUUCAGAGUUGCUGCCACCAACCUUCCAGUCGGACCAGCCCCACAACCCGCCCUCGUCCGAUCUGCUGCCGUCGUUGCGGCCCCAGCCGUCGUCGCCGCAGCUCCAGCAGUGACCUAUGCUGCUCACCCAGUCGCUGCCGUUCAACCAGUUUCCGUCGCUGUUGCACCAACUCACCCAGGACAAGCUGGACCAGUCCACGUGGCUCCACUCCCUCUUCCAGUCCAAGACACGCCAGAGGUUACCCAAGCCAAACUUCAACACUUUGCUGCUAAGAAUGACGCCCUUAUCCGAGCCCUUUAAAUUGGGAUUAAAUCCUAGCAAAAUUUUCUAAAGUCUGACAUUAUAGAUCCAUGAUUUUUAAUGUUCUGUUCAAUUCUUGUCAUUUCGCUGUUCAAUCCUCCACUGUUGAAUAUACACUUCUUCCUGCACUUUCUUGCCCCUUCAACCUGCAACUUUUCCACCUUGUACAGAUUUUUAUUUUCAUAUCAACUCUGAACUCACACAUUUCAUUUUCGCAAAUAUUAAUAUUCACUCUUGAUUGCUCAAUGAAUAAAGUCUGUUUCACUGUCCUGUAAUAAAAGCAUUUG